GUAGAUUCCGUUUCUGCUUGGCUCGUUACCACCGCAGGAACUCACAAUAUAACUUAUUAUUUCUAAAUAAUCACAGAGAUAUAACCUAGAUUAAUAUAAAAUAAUAUAUUUUUGUAUUCGAGGAUAAAUAACUGUUAAGUCGUCGAUAAUACGUGUUUUUUUCGAGCGAUUAUACUCUCCAUCUCUUCUCGAUAUCAUUUUCAUAUGAGUAUCAGUGACUGACCGAAAAUUUCGCGACGCGUUACACAUUUUCUCGACAAUCAUCAUCAUCAAACAUCGCCAGAACUGACUUAUCUUCGUUUAUCAUUAUGCCGGCUACGUUGUUUCAAGACAUGGACCGGUCCAGCGGAAUAGGGGAUGAGAGAGCCCUCCAGUUGGCUCUGGAGCUGUCGAUGCUGGGCUUCAACGAGCCCUUGGGCAGCGUGGUGGAGCCCCCCAUGGACCCCAGGGACGAAUUGGGUCCCUUCGUUAACCCGCUGACCAGCGUGGGGUUGGACGAGGUCAGGUCCAAGAAGUCGCAGAACAUGACCGAAUGCGUUCCGGUGCCCAGUUCGGAGCAUGUGGCUGAGAUCGUCGGUAGACAAGGUUGCAAGAUCAAGGCUCUCCGCGCCAAAACCAACACCUACAUCAAGACACCCGUGCGCGGCGAAGAACCAGUGUUUGUCGUCACCGGUCGCAAAGAAGACGUGGCCAAGGCCAAGCGCGAGAUCCUUUCCGCAGCCGAGCACUUCUCCCAGAUCCGCGCAUCCCGCAAGAACAACCUAGCAGGCCUUGGCUCCGGUGCCAGCACACCCCCAGGACCCCCAGCCAACAUCCCUGGACAGGUCACCAUUCAGGUUCGAGUACCCUACCGCGUAGUUGGACUGGUAGUCGGUCCAAAGGGAGCUACCAUUAAACGUAUCCAGCACCAGACCCAUACGUACAUCGUCACUCCCAGCAGGGAUAAAGAACCAGUCUUCGAAGUCACCGGUCUGCCAGAUAGCGUGGAGGCUGCCAGGAGGGAGAUCGAAGCUCAUAUAGCUGUCAGGACUGGAAAUACCACAGGUUUAGGAUCGUUAUCAGGUCUAGGAGGGUUAGACGAAUGCGAUUUGAUCGCUUCUUUGUGCAAGACUGGACUUAGUUCUCUGUUAAACUACAUGGAGCCUUCGACAGAUUCCUUUCCCACCAUGACCUCGUCAACUAGCAGCAGCGGAGCGUUUUCAAGCUCGGGAUCGUGUUCUUCUAGUAGUAGUUCAUCUACCAGCAGCGGAGGUGGUGGUGGAAGAGACCUGGGAACUAUUUGGGGAUCAACAGACCGCGAUGAAGGACUUGGAGACUCGCCAAGCUUCGAGACGUCAACGGCAUUGUCUAGUAUCUGGUCGUAUCCAUCAGUACCGGCACCCACCAGACCAUCGCCAACCAACAGCACAAGUCCAGCCGAUUCUUUGUUGUCGUCCAGCACCAAGUGCUUGGUGUGCGGUGAGGCUAAAGUUACGCACGCUUUGGUGCCCUGCGGUCACAACUUCUUCUGCAUGGACUGCGCUAAUCGUCUCUGUGAGACCCCGGAAGCUCAGUGUCCUGUUUGUUCGAUGCCAGCGAUUCAAGCCAUUCGUAUUUUCUCGCCCAACCCUUAAGGAGACCACGUGUUUCAUCCCUCCAACUAAUGAAUCCUCCUUUUAUUUCUCAAGAAUGUUUUUUUUCUGAAAGCUCAUUCGCGCAGUAUUAGAAAAUAAAUCGGAAUUUUUUUGAUGGGCGAAGAAAAAAAUGCUUGAGAAGAGGAAGAGGAGGGUUCUUCACAUUCCCGUAUGCGCGCCCUGUGUUCUGCUGAGUCGAAUUGAAUUCUUCGAUAUCGAGAAAAAUCUCAAUACAACGAAUAUAUUACUAUUAUUAUUAUUACUAAUAUAUUAAAGAGAUAUUUGUUUGAUUAGACUGUUUUCGUCUGAUUUUUUUUCUAUUUUUUUUUCUUUGUAUCGAAGAAUUCUUUUUUUUUUCGACGAAGCAUAGUCAUCGUAUGCCAGUUUUUCUUAGUUUCUUUCUUUUUUUUAUUUAAUUAUUAUUAUUAUUACCGUUUUUUAUAAUGUGUUUGAUAGUAUUUUAGAGAGAAAAAUUAAUCGGAUUAAUUUUUUACGUUUUUUUUUAAAUAUUAUUAUUACAAAAAAAAAUUCCAAAAAAAACUAAAUAUAAAAGACAUAAAAGUGUUUAAAAGAAAUGUUGAAAGAGAAAGAAAAAAAACGUAAAUUUUUAUACUACCGUGUGUAUUUAAAAAAUAAAUAUAUAUGUAUCCCGUGUUAUUUUUUUAAAUAUAUUUUUUUAAGUUCCGCCAUUGUGUGACAAAAGUAUCACGUCUUUAAAAAGUCUGAAACAGCAAUUCUCAAAAUAUUUAAUUUAUAAGUAUAUAAUAUAUAUUAUAAUAUAAUAAAUGUAAUAAUAUUUAAAGACAGGAAAGCGUAAGAUGAGAGUGUAUGCGUGAGAAAAAUACACGUAAAUAUUAUAAUAUUGUAGCGAAAAUUUUUAAAAUAUAUCUAAUAUAUACAGGGCCAUGCUAAAAUACGCCUAGAAAAUUUCAGGAAAGAGAGUUUCUCUAAACAGAUUAAUAACAAAAAAAUAGAUUUUAGUUGAUUCCUUUUAAUAGUGAAUUGCAUAUUAUUUGUUUAUAAAACAAAACAGUUUAGUAAAUAUGUUUAUUCAAAAAAAAUUCAAAAUUAUCUAAUAAAUUGAAUCUGAAAUUUUUUCGAAGUAUUUUAAAAUCGCUUUGUAUAUAUUCGGUUGGGAGUGAGACUUCUUUUCCUUUGUUUUAUCCUAUCGUAUAAAGUAGUCGAUUUUUAAAUAUAUAACCAUGAGGGAGAGAAAAAAACUAAAUGAAAACAACAGAGAUAGAGAAACGAAAGUGCAUAAAGAUAAAAAAUUAAAAGAAAUAUAUCUAGAGAACCGUGCAACAAACACACCUGUGCGCCUUUCGGCUGUGAUCCACAAUUGACUGCCACCAACUGUCCCAAACUACGCCACCUUCCCCCUAAGUCGCUCGCGACGUCACCGAGCUCCCCCUAAUAACUAAAUACAUAUCCCAUUUUUAUUGUUAGUUGACUAUAUUAUGAUGUAUAUUUGCUUCUUGUUGAUGUUUGACUCUUCUGUUGUGACUCUCGUGCAUUGCGAAGUUUUAUAUAAUAUAUUAUACUAAUAUAUAGAUAUACUUCUAGAUAUAAUAUAAUAAUAUAUUUUUGAUCGACGAAAUGUCGACGAAAAAUUGAACGAUGACCUCGCGAACGUUUCGAAGGAGUUGGCGUAGAUAGUUUUGUUUUAUAUAUUUUUUUUCGGCUCAUAAGUAUAUCGGUUUUUGGUUUCUUCAAAAAAUAAAUCGAAGACAUUGUUUACGAUUUCAUAAAACGACUCUAGGUUGGUGUGUUUGUUGCUGUUCUAGCUCUAAAAACUUCAGUAUUCACCGAAAAGUUUUACUAUCCCGUCUCGCGAAAUGUUUUUACGACAUAACCUCAAAGAAAGCUUAAAAAUUCAAGAAAUACUGGUUAUUUCCGAUUCCGAUUUUUGGCGCAGGUUUGGUAGGAUCAGUUAGAAAAUGGGAGAUUAUUCAUAUUACCGGUGUUGGUAAUCAGCUAUGAUGAUUUUAGUACAAUUUAAACUUACAAACCUACUUUUUAUGUAUACUUUAUAUAUUUUGAAAAUAUAUAAAUUAUAUAUAAGAAGACUUUUUUAAUAACUGCUCAAUAUUUUCCUGAUCCUAUAUUCACUAUUUUAUUUUUUACUUUUUACAGUUAAAAAAGUAGGUAUUUCUUGUUCGGCGAUUGGUGCAACCCAAACCCCACUUUCUAAGCAAUAAGCAACUGAAGACAUACAGGGUGUUCUCUUUUUAAUUCGCUAACUUUUCGUAUUUUUUUGAACAAGACUUACUUACGCCCAUUUGAGGUUGUAUCGUGAACAAGACUUUAUAUUACGGUUAACUUUUUUUGAUUUGUUGAUGUAUAAUGAAUUUCUUUAUAUUGUAUUUAUGAUAAUCUUGAUAUACCGAGCUCUCACACACUGUAUAACACGCCCCACCCCCCGCAGUGUUUGCAUAUACCGAUAUACCGCUCCUCCAUACAUAUAUGCGCUUAUAUACUUAUUAUAUUAAUAUAUUAUAUGUAGUAUCUAUUAUUAUUAUUAUUGUAUUUAAAUAGUAAGAAACUAUAUUUUGUUUUUUAUUUAUUUUUUUAUCGUAUAUAGAAUAGUAUUUUGGAAAUUAGUCGUUAUUAGAUAAAUUUAUAUAUAUUUUAUUAUGAUUAUUAUUAAUAUUAUUAUUGCUUGCUGGGCAAAGAGCGCGCAUAUCGGUUAUAUAUACAAAGUGUUUAAUAAAUAAGUGCCGAAAAAUCAUUUUUUUUGCACUUAUUUGUUUCUACAUGACUAUAGUAAAUAAUAGAAACGAAAAAAGACGUAUAUAGGGGGGAGUAAAAGGGGGGUGGUGGAGAGUUACACUACUAGACUUAUCUAAGUUCGUAUCGAAAUUAUUCCUAUCCCCUCCGGAGCCCCCGCGACCACCUCCCCUAUUUUAUUUAGAUUGUUUUUAAAAUACGUACGUUGUAAAUAGAUUGUUGAUUUGUAGCGAUAUAAAAAAAACUACCAAUACUAUUAUUAUUAUAUUAUUAUUAAACUUAUUAUUUUAUUUUUUUACAUAUUUUUUUCUGAGAAAGAUAUAUUAUUAUUAAUAAUAAUUAUUAUUAUUACGGAUGUUAGUACAAGUUCAGUAACGCGAACGAGUGACUGUUUAUUUCAAAAUAGUUAUAAUUUUUUAUUAGUUAGAUCUAUCAUAGAUAUAUUUAUAUUUGAUAUAUUAUUGAGAGACUUUUUUUGUAUAGGACGGCGUAAAGUGUGAUGAUUACGAUUUGAUUUUUUUCUAAUUUUAUAUUUUGAUUUUUUAUUAUUAUUAUUUGAAUCUUGCAAAUGUAUAAGUGUGUUUUUCUAUUUAGAAAUUUAUGAAAAAUUAGACGGUUUUUUCUCAAUUACUACGAAUAAAUAGUGACUGAUACCCCCACCCUUAUCGUGUACGCUUAAACCCUGUUUGGUCAGCGGCGUCUAUGGACAUCUAAAGCGUCUUGCAGCACCGACCGAAACGUGGGUGUAUUCCUUUAUCUGAAGAAAUAUGCACUAGUAUUAUUAAUAGAUGUUAAAAAUGGUUUUUUUAUGUGAGUAUGUCGAGACUGAGAUACGCUUUAGGUGUCAAUAUGCAAAACUAGCAAAUAAUUUAAGAUAUUUUUGAUUUUUUUAUAAUUUUUACAUGCUACCAAAUAAAUUUCGUGAUUUAUA